AUGCGAUGGUCUCGUCGUAGUGGCACGACUGAAGGAGAAAUUCUCAUAAACUACAUAUUUUGUACCGGUUUGGCUAUUGAUGAUGCGAGAAAUCUCUACAUCUCCGAUUUCGACAAACAUGAAGUAAGGCGAUAUAGAAUAGGUGACAAGAACGGAACUGUUGUAGCUGGCGGCAAUAUUCGUGGUGCUGGUCUCAAUCAACUCAACUAUCCGACCUAUGUUUUUGUCGAUAGGCAAGAAACUGUAUAUGUGUCCGAUCGAGAUAAUCAUCGUGUGAUGAAAUGGAAUAAAGGUGCAAAAGAAGGAAUUAUCGUCGCUGGUGGUCAAGGCGCAGGAAAUGCUUUAACACAGCUAUUUUCUCCUGCAGGACUGUUCAUCGAUACACUUGGUACUGUCUAUGUGGCAGACUCCAGGAAUCAUCGUGUGAUUCGUUGGUCUCCAGGGGAAAAACAGGGAACUGUCAUUGUGGGAGGGAAUGGUGAAGGAAACGGAGCCAAUCAGUUCAAGUACCCAGAGGGUUUGUCAUUAGAUCGCUAUGGCAAUCUCUAUGUUGUCGAUCGAGGUAAUGGUCGUGUUCAACGUUUUUCCCUCGAAUAG